GUGAAACUUUGCGUACUUUAAGGCGACCAAAAAAAGGAAGCAACACUUUUCUUCAGUCAAGCUGUUAUCGUGAAUAAACGGAGGAACGCUGGGAGAGAGAGAGAGAGAGAGAGAGAGAGAGAGAGAGAGAGAGAGAGAAAAACAACAACCUUGUGAAGUCCUCUUUUUUUUUACAUCUGCCAUCUUCAGCACAUAUCUAAAGAACUCACGUAUAGUCAAUGAGAUGUACUCAAAGCAUGUCAUGGCGUGAUUUGGAUCCGCUGGGAUUCGGCGGAUGACGCAGGCUGAGGCUGAAUAACCGGAGCGCACGAAGUGAUGAACGGAAGCGCCAGUGCGCACCUCCCCUAUAAUAAUCUGCUGAGCGCCGUCGCUGUCUCUUCAGCACCGCUCACUGACAAUUCAGCGGAGCGGAGAGGAAAGACAGGCACAGCUGAGUUCUCUGCGACCUUCUGAGGAUUGUAUUGCUGGAGAUAACAAACCCAACAGGGUUCAACUUUGCUUUUUGCUUUUUUCUCUUUCUUUCUUUUUUCUCUGGAGUAGAUUUAUCAAAAUCUGAAUUGGCCGAGUUUUAAAUGCUGGAAGAUUUGGUUGUCUUUGUGUGUAUGUGUGUAUAUUAUAGCAGACCGACCAUGUGGUUGAUGAACAAGUAAUACUAUGGGCUUUCACUGCGGAUUUAUUUUCUUCAAAUCGCUUCAUAAAUUUUAGGUGUUUUUUUUUUUCCCCGUAAAACUUUGGAUGUGUUAAUUUUUUUUUAUAUACUAAAUUAAUAAAAUCGGUGUAAAAAGUUUAUUACAUAAUUUCAGGUGUUUUUUGUUGUUGUUGUUUUUUGUGAAACAUUUUUACUUUCCUGUUCCUAAAGGGAUUAGUAAUUCCCAUUUCAUCCAAGAUGCUGACUUUAGUUUUUGGACUUUUGUACCUGGUCAGCGGGCGCACGGUGAGCAGCCAAGAUGUAACAGGUAGUCGGUUCGUGUGUAACGCAAUCCCCCCGGGCGCAGAACCCGGCUGCGGGUAUGGCCCCACAGGCAACCGCGUCCAGAGCAGCAGCCCCGUGGAGGAUGAGCUGCGCAACACCAUCAUCCAGCUUCGGGAGACUAUCCUGCAGCAGAAGGAGACCAUCGUGAGCCAACAGGGAACCAUUAAAGAGCUCAACUCCAAGCUGGCGCGCUGCGAGGCGUCAGCCGAUGAGAUGGCGCAGGGUAAGUCCCGGGGUCAGGGCUCCAGAAGGAAGGAGUACGGGAAGAACACCAUGGGAGACCUGCCCCGGGACCCCGGUGAGACUAUAGACCAACUGGGCAAAACCAUGCAGACUCUGAAGGGUCGGCUGGAGAAUUUAGAGCAGCAAAGCCUGCGCCUCCCCAGCACAAACUCAUCAGCCGGAGGAGCCUCGGCCCUGACUCCCCUGCCACCAGAGCUCCGCGAGCUGCUGCGCCAGCGUCUGGGGGCACUGGAGACCCAGCUCCUCCGUAAGGUAGCUGAGCUGGAGGAGGAGAAGAGCCAGCUCUACAAUGAAACCGCGGCCCACCGCCAACGCACCGAAACCGCUCUCAACUCCCUCAUGGAGAGGAUCGCGGAGCUCGAGAAAAGUAAUAAUGCCUUUAAGUCUCCAGAGGACUUCAAGGUGUCCCUCCCUCUUCGCACCAACUACCUGUACGGACGCAUUAAGAAGAGCCUACCGGAGAUGUACGCCUUCACUGUUUGCAUGUGGCUGAAGUCCAGCGCCAGUCCAGGCAUAGGAACCCCUUUCUCUUAUGGCGUGCCUGGACAGGCCAAUGAGAUAGUUCUGAUUGAAUGGGGCAACAAUCCUAUUGAGUUACUGGUCAAUGACAAGGUGGCCCAGCUCCCUCUGUCAGUGAGCGACGGGCGCUGGCACCACAUCUGCAUCACCUGGACGACUAGGGACGGCUUCUGGGAGGCUUAUCAGGACGGCGAGCGGCUCGGCACUGGAGACAACCUGGCCCCCUGGCACCCAAUUAAACCUGGAGGGGUGAUCAUCCUGGGCCAGGAACAGGACAUCGUCGGAGGGCGUUUUGAUGCUACCCAAGCCUUUGUUGGCGAGCUGAGCCAAUUCAACAUGUGGGACAGAGUACUGCGGCCGGUGGACAUCAUGGGUUUGGCUAACUGUUCGGCCUACAUGCCGGGGAAUGUGGUUCCUUGGAUUGACGCCAAUGUAGAAGUGUUUGGUGGUGCAAGUAAAGCUGCUCUCGAAAUCUGUGAAGACCGUGCUUUUGAUUCCUAAGAAGGCAAUUCAAGGAGUCCUGCAUGGCCAAAAGGAUCUGAAUUUUGAAUAUUCAGAUAUUGUCUAACCCUACGGGUAGCAUUGGACUAUCCACCACGGUCUCUAAGGCUUGGUGUUUAUUGGAUUUAAAAGAUCACGUGCUCAUCAAAUAUGAACCCUGAAGACAUUCCCGGAUACGUCAAAUUGAUUCUCUCUGCAGAGGAAGACGCCGAAUGCUGUUUAAUAUGUCUGCUGUUAAGAUAUGACCUGCUGUUGUCUUGUUUUUUAUUUUUCAUUCGCAAGCUUACUUGUCAUUUGACAACUCUUUGAGAACAUCUCACGGUGGUUCUGUUCCUUAUUUUGACAACACUGCACUGUUUCCCUUGUUGAAUGUGAGCUCAAAUAGGCUUUGAUGUGCUGCAGAAAACUGUGGUCGAGCACUACAUGCUCUGAGUUUUUUUGGCUGCUAGAAAAGCAGUGAGAGGCCGAAGUAAAUACCAAAAUGAGGCAGAUGCUUAUGGGUUUGAACUUCACUAUUGUCCAAAAUAAUAUGCAUGAGUCUGAGCAGUGCAUGCUUUCUGUCAACAUGCACAGUGAGUAUGCUGCGUCAAAACAGGCUGAUGCAGCGUGCUGCCAACAUUAUGUAAGACCUUGUGUGUGUGUGUGUGUGUGUGGGUGGGUGUGUGUGCGUGUGUGUGUGUGUGUGUGUGUGUGGGUGUGGGUGUGUGGGCGUGUACGAUCCUGUGCUUAUGGCUUGUCUUGCGUGUAAAACAGACCAGAAGCUUAUGAGGGAGAGAGGGAGGACAUUUUUUAUUCUUGCAAAUCUAUGCUUAAUACCUCAUUGCCCUUUGAGCAGCUGCCAUGCUCACGAACAGCUUUCUGAACGGGGCUGGCUCUGCCCAGGUUAACAGCGACGUCGGACAGCUGCCCAGUCCUGGCUAAAUGACAGAACUGUGGACGCCAGCUGACCACUCGGCGAGGACAGGGACUUGGUCUGGCCUUCAAGGACAAUCCCUAACUCCCCAUGUGGGUUGUAAUUAUCCAAGUUUAUGAAUGAAUGCAGCAUUGAGUGCUCCUGGUCUCCUGAUGUUUCUGUAAGUGUGUUAUUAAUGAUAAAACAUUCAAAUGUAGGGUCUAUGUCAGAUGGGAGUAGCACUCUACAGACAUUUUGAAUGUUACUACUACAUGGAGCUUGGUCCUAAAUGUCUCAUUCUUGACAGAUAUAAAGGUUUUGAUCAACUGAUAUAUAUUUUUAAACAGAAUGGAGUGUAUCUAAUGUAUUUUGACAUUAAUCAUGAAUAAAACUAAUAGUUUUUGGAGCUUAAAAUUUGUUGUUAAUGUUGAAAUGGACAGUUUUUAAGGACCCUUCUUUUCCCCGACGAACUAGAAGGAACGUAAAGAAAUAAAGCUAAAGGUGCUUCAGCCCGCCUUUUUGAGUUGCAGUUUUCUUUGAGGUCUGAUUCACCAAAUGGCAGUUUCAUAAAUCCUAAGAUUUCUUUGAAGAAUUUUAACACAGAGAAAGGAUAAAAAAAAAAAAUUGCAGCAGGUUUUUCUGCAGUAGUUGUGAAUCAAACAGAAAAUGAAGGAAUUCCAGCAUGAGAUUACUUCAGUUUGUGGAUCAAAAAACGCGUGACCAGACUUUAUGUGACUUUUUUUAUGAUCACAAAUAGUUUAUGUUUUAGUACAGGGUACACCUUAGAUAAAUACACCCCCCCAAAAAAUCAGUUUUUUAGUAGUUGAAUGGCUCAAUAUCAAUGAGUUGAAAAACACUUGUCUUGAUUCUGAUCUUUGGACAUGUCUUGAUAAAAGCCUAAUUUCCCUAGAGUUUGGGAUUAAAUAUUAAAAUAGAAGUUUUCCUCUGAUUAAAAACAAUAUAAGUAAACAUGUAUUAACACCAAAUGCUGAAAAAUAAAUGAAAUCCUGUUGUGAACUCUACUUUUGAAUGUUUCUGUUAGCAAUGCUUUAAUGUAAAGAUAAGAAUUUUUUUUUUCUGUUCAAAUUGUCUGUUCUUGUAAACAAGUUAUUUGCAUAGUUAUAUGCAAAUAACUUAUCAGAAGCAGUCAUGCAAAACAGCAAGAAUGCUACAAAUGUUCUGUUGGACUGGUGAAUGGCCUUUUGUGAAAACCAUAUGUGCUUUUUUUGCGAGUGGAGACUUUAAACUUUCUGUCAGCUUUUGUAGCACACUUUCAUGACAGCGCAGAAAUGCCGAAAAUGUGUUUGUGUUCUGCAAACUUUAACCACAUGAAAUUCUGCAACUGUCUGUUAUGAUAACUGAUGUAUUUUUGCACUCAAUAAACGAAUAAGCAAGCUCUUGA